CGGCCCGCAACCGUAUCGCACCGCUCCGAACUUUGAUCCGCCGUGCGAUCGGGGCCGACUCGCGUGGGAUGGAAAGAAUCAUCGACGAUAUGACUAUUCAUUGUCGUUGAAUUGAACUUUUUCUGAGGAAAUUACGUGUCGUCUGACACGGGGGAUAAUUUUGAACGACGCUUAUUUCGAAUUGUUCGGCAUUUAAUUGGAAAAAUUGAUUGCGUAGUGCGAAAAGUCGAUUAAUUAUGUUAGAUAUAGUUUUUCCGUUUCGUAAAAACGGCGGGGUAGAUUUCGAUUCGCGGUAACGCUUCCCCUUUCCUUUUGCAUGUGGAGGAGUGCGAGUGGAGGAUCGGGGUGAGGGUGACAGCAUUAUGCCAACGAUCGGGGUGAUCCCGCGGGUACUUUUCGAAGUUCCGCGAGUGGAAAGUGAUCGUUUGUAUCGGACGGUGGUGGGAAGAUCGCUGUCAGCGGCAGAACGCGCGCGUGAAUUAGAUUAAGAAAUGUGUUCGAAGUGAAAAAUGGCCCCGUUCCACGGCAUGGCCCUUCUGCUCCUGGGAAUCGGAUACCUGUUACACGCGGAACCACUCUACGGCGAACGCGGCAUCGCGUUUGUGCAUCUCAACAACGACACGUACGGAAAGGGGGAGAAAUCGCAGCGCGGCACAAAGAAGACAUAUUUUUUCAAAGACACGCCGCAAAAGUUAACAGUGGCCAUAGGACAGGCCGCCGUGCUGUUAUGUCGUGUUAAAAACUUAGGAAACAGAACUGUGUCUUGGAUCCGAAAAAGGGACCUACACAUCUUAACGUCCAUGUCCGUGACUUACACGAGCGACGAGAGAUUUACGAUAGUCGGUAAUCCGACCACCGACGACUGGAAUCUACGAAUAGAUUACGUGCAACCGCGGGACGCCGGCGUUUACGAGUGUCAGGUUAAUACAGAACCGAAGAUACAUAGAGCCGUGGCGCUGAAGGUUUUGGAUAUACAGGCGAAGAUCACGGGUAGCCAGGAGCUAUACAUCAAGAAAGGCAGCACAAUCAGCCUGACCUGCAUCAUAGAAUUGCAGGAUCUGCCCCCGAGCAACGUGACCUGGUACCAUGCCGGUGCGGUGAUCGAUUUCGACGGUCCAAGGGGCGGUGUGUCGCUGGAGACGGAGAAGGGUAAGAGUGGCACCACCAGCAAGCUUCUAAUAACGCGUGCUCAACUUAACGAUAGCGGUAAUUAUACAUGCGCCUCGAGCAAAGUCACCCCGGCGAGCGUCAUGGUGCACGUACUAAACGGCGAACAUCCCGCUGCGAUGCAACACGGCGGCACCGGCGAUGUGAAUAGGAGACUCCUUCUACUCGUCCUGAUUUUCCUCGUCGAUACGAUGUUUCGGUGAGCGACACGCCGCCGCCGCCGUCACUGCCACUGCCACUGCCGUCGCACUCGUCGACGAUCU